AUGACAUUACCAAAGCUAGAAUUGAUGGCUGCAGUAAUAGGAGCUCGAAUGGCUAAAAACAUCACGAAAACCCUAAAACCACAACGCAUAGUACUAUGGAGUGACAGUCAGAUAGUUCUGCACUGGAUUUCGUCUUUAAAAUCAUUUGGAAGAAUUGUUCAGAAUCGUGUGAUAGAAAUUAAAGAAUCGACACAAAAUUACGACUGGAAAUACGUACCAACAGACUCAAAUCCAGCCGACCUUCAAACUAGAGGAAUAUCAUCAACGCAAUUCAAAGAAUCGACUUUGUGGAUGCAAGGACCGUCGUGGAUAUCGGAUGAGAACAGUUGGCCUACAUGGACCCCACAAGAAAUUGAACGUGUAAUCAACGAUCGUCCAAUUACGUAUGUAUCGUCCGACAUCCGAGAUCCAGAGCCGCUUACGCCUUCACAUCUGCUACAGGGAAGAACACUAUCACAAGAGAACAAUUCCGAUUCAGAGGACAAUAAUUUUAAAUUAGAUUUCACAGAGGCAAACAAACGUUUUAAUCAUAAAGUAGCUUUGAUUGAACACUUUGCAAAACGAUGGAGAAUGGAAUACCUCACUGGAUUAAGAGAAUUUCAUCGCGUCGCGGGAGACAAAAGCGCACAUGUGAAAAUCGGUUCCGUCGUACAAAUCAUCAACAAUUCACCGAGAAUGAUGUGGAAACUAGCAGUUAUAGAAGAUUUGAUCACCGGAAAAGAUGAAGUCGUAAGAGCAGUCAAACUUCGGACAUCAAAUGGACUGAUUACCACGAGACCAAUUGUGAAACUGGUGCCAUUGGAAAUAUGA